AAAUAUCGUAUACAAAAUAGAGGAACGUACACAAUUUGCUUUGUUUGGUGCACUUGCGUUUGGCAUAGAUUAUGUUAAGAAAUGAGUAGACCAGUGAAACGAGAAGUAUCUGCGGAAGAAAACUGUCUACAAAGUGCUGGUAAAGUGGACGAUGGAUUACUGGAAGCACGAUAUGAGUGUCCCAUCUGCUACUGCUGGCUGAACGAGCCCAUCCUCACCAAGUGUGGACAUCGCUUCUGCCGAAAAUGUAUCACGGAUUGGUUGAAUGAGAAAAAUUCCAACUGUCCCCUCGAUAACGAACCGUUGGACAUUAAGUGCGACAUCUUUCCGGACAACUGCACGCGACGGGAAAUAUCGCAAAUCAGGAAACCCUGCCCGAACUCGAUGCGAGGCUGUGCGGGUCAGUUUUCACCCACCGAAAUCGAUUGCCAUCUGCGGCAGUGCCCGUUCGCCAUGUCCAGCCAACAGCUGCCGUGUCCGUUCGCUCGGGUGCACUGUAAAUUUACGGCCCAAAAUGAGCCGGCGCUCAAUGCUCACAUUGCUGCGGAAUACCACCACCAUCUGCAGCUUCUCCUGGACUCGCACACUGGCAGCAGCGAUCGUUAUAAAUUCUGGGAUCCACCAGCGAAAAACAGCGCCCCGGAGAUGAGCUCGGACGAUCUCGUGCGCUCGAUGUGCGAACGGAUCGUGGUGCUCGAGCAGGAGCUGCACAUCCUCAAGAUCAAGCUCUCCAAGCAGGAGGUCCAGCUCGCAAAGGUUAACCAGGAGGUAGAUCCACGGUACAGUGGUGGGGUGCUGCUGUGGAAGUUGGACGAUUUUAGCAACAAAAUCGACACGAUGCUGGCCAACAGCAACUGCAUGUUUUACAGCGGCGAAGCGUACACGUCACCGCACGGUUACAAAUUUUGCGCCCGCAUCAACGUGCCACCGCGCACGAAGGACUCGAUCGGGCUGCACGUGCAUCUGAUGCAGUCGGAGAACGAUUACCAUCUCGAGUGGCCGUUCAAGGGGAGGAUUAAGAUCACCCUGCUGAACGUGCGCGAUCCGGACCUGUCGCAGCACGAUACCAUUAUGUCGAAGCCGGAAAUACUGGCGUUCCACCAGCCGAAGCAGGAGAUAAGCCCACGUGGGUUCGGCUUUCUGGAGUUUGCCAAAAUCAAAGACGUGCUCACCAAGUUCGCCGACAACAAUACCGUCAUCAUCAAGAUCCAGAUGAACAUUGUCUAGGCUGGUCGUGGUGACGGAUGGUAACCGGGCGGGUGCGUUUAAACAUUCCCAGUGUGCACCGACGAACUAGCAACGACUAGCGGGGUCACAUGCAAAACAGAACCCAUUCCAAAAUCUCCCCAAAAUUAGCUAGCCCCUUUUCUGUCUAGUGGAACUCUGUCCCCCAUGAUGUAUCGGUACAUUUGUGUAUUCUUGUGCGUUGUCUUAGAAUGGUAGCUACUAACCGUAUGGGGUUUUACAGCCCCGGUAAACUGUAGUUUUAAUUUUGCAGUAUUAGGUGAACCGUACUUAAAGUCCGUGCCAAACACGUAUUAAUUUGUUUUAACAAUCCGCGAAUCUCCACCCCGCUUUAUAUGUGUGUAUGUGUUGUGGAAAAGAAGAAUUUCAUGUCGAUUUUUCCCGCCUCAAUGGCUCUCUACUUAGAGGCUGUCCUAAGUCAAAAAAAACCAAACCGCUUCUUCACAUUUCCGUUAAUAUGUCCCAUUUUAGUCCUUCAAUCCAGUCCGAUUCCCCAGAACCAGAAACCGAUGCGAGUAAAAAUGAAAGGAACAAAAUAAUUCAACCGUAGUUCUAAACGCUUUUUUGUUGACAAUUUUAGAUGUUAUAUACAAGAGUACAGGAAUUUUCGAACGUGAUAGAGAACGACAAAGGCAGAUAAAUAAAAGUGUAUGCUUA